UCAUUUGGCCACAUCCAAUAAUAUUGGUACGUCCUGACAAAAGGGAUGAAGCCAGAGUCAGACAGCAGAUUUGAGUUUGGCUCCGUUUUUUUUUAAAAAAAAAAAAAAGGGAGAGAAAAACAGGCGCUCCUUUAACCGAUCUGCGACAGAAAGAGCAUAGCAAAGAAGCUAAAGAGUGAAGCGAAGAAGACCCAAACCGGACCCCAAUUACUCACCUCUUGGGCAUUGGCUUUGUUUGGCUACAUGUUGGGUUGUUUGCUUUUUGGUAGAAAAGUGUGAUUUAGGCUUUGAAGGAUAUUUUGGUUUCAAGUUGGUGAUUUAGGAUGAACAACACUAACAUACCAAAGAGCUUUGGGGCUCCAUCCCAGUUUGGGAAUCCCGGGACGGUGCCAAAAUCGCAAUCUAUUCCCAUGAACAAUCAACCACAGACACAAGGUGGGCCUCAGUUUCCGGGCCACUUCCAAUUGUCUGAGCCUCAAGCACAGGUGCUUGCGCGUGCACAAUAUGUGCAGGCUCAGCCUCCUGCUCAUUCCCAAUUCCCGGCUCAGGUGCAGUCACAAAGCGGUAGUAAUAGUAAUGCUACAGCCACCCAUUCCCCUUUGGUUUCCACCCCUGGCUCAGGAGGUGUCAAGCGGUCUUCUCAGAAGCCACCUUCGAAAAAUUCUGGUUCAUCUAACAGUAAUAUGGCUUCUCUGUUUAAAACAAUGGAGUUAACCCCGGCUGCUCUUAGGAAAAAGCGGAAGCUCUCAGAGAGACAAAUACCUGAUAAGGUGGCUGCAAUCUUACCAGAAUGCGCUCUAUAUACUCAGUUGCUUGAAUUUGAGGCUAAGGUCGAUGCUGCUUUAUCGAGAAAGAAGACCGACAUUCAACAGUCUAUUAAAAAUCCUCCCUGUGUGCAGAAGACUCUUAGACUAUAUGUUUUCAAUACUUAUGCCAAUCAGGGACAAACAGAUUCUGACAAGAAGAGUACCGAGGCUCCAUCAUGGUCACUUAAGAUUAUUGGUAGGGUUUUGGAAGAUGGGAAAGACCCUGUUCUGGCUGGAAAGGCGCAGAAAUUAUACCCAAAAUUCUCAUCUUUCUUUAAGAAAAUUACAGUAUAUUUGGAUGCAAGUCUCUAUCCAGAUAACCAUGUGAUAUUGUGGGAGAGUGCUCGAUCACCUGCCCUUCAUGAGGGUUUUGAGUUGAAGAGGAAAGGAGACAAGGAAUCAACUGUGAGAAUAAGACUGGAAAUGAAUCAUCGGCCUGAAAGAUUUAAACUUUCUCCUGCUCUAGCAGAAGUCUUGGGAAUUGAAGUAGAUACACGCCCAAGAAUCUUGGCUGCGAUUUGGCAUUAUGUGAAGUCGAAGAAGUUGCAGAAUUAUGAAGACAAUUCCUUCUUUUCAUGCGAUCCACCGCUGCAGAAGGUAUUCGGGGAAGAAAAAAUGAAAUUCAUUAUGGUUUCACAAAAGAUAUCACAGCAUUUAACUCCUCUACCACCUAUACAUUUGGAGCAUAGGAUCAAGCUUUCAGGGAACUGUCCUGUUGGAUCCACUUGUUACGAUGUCCUGGUUGAUGUGCCUUACCCAUUAGAAACGGAGAAGUCUGCAUUUUUGGCAGACAUGGAAAAGAACAAAGAUAUUGAUGCAUGUGAUGAAGUGAUUUGUACUUCUAUAAAGAAAAUACACGAGCAUUGUCGGAGACGAGCUUUCUUCCUUGGUUUCAGCCAGUCUCCUGCAGAGUUUAUUAAUGCUUUGAUAGCUUCUCAAGGCAAGGAUUUGAAGCUUUUUGCUGGAGAAGCUAACCAUAAUGCUGAAAAGGAGCGGCGAUCAGAAUUCUAUAACCAACCAUGGAUUGAAGAUGCUGUAAUCCGUUACCUGAAUCGCAAGUCUAUGGGAGGGGAUUCUCUUGGAAGCACUUGAGCAGGGCUCUUUUGAAUUGUUGACUUUUUCAUACCAAUCUCGAGGCUUCUAAUUUCUAACUCCUGUCCUGCAUAUUAUUGCUUAUUGGUUCGGGGAACAUCAAAUGCCACAAGCAAAGAACUGUCCCAUUGAGCACUUUGGAUCGAAUGAAAAUUUCCACCAAGUUAUCUGAAUUCACCACGGUGUUCACCACCCCUAUCAGCAAACACCAGUUUGAUUCACUAAACCCUCUAGAAUAUUUACUUUGCUAUUCCGCUUUCGAGCGUUUGAGAUCGAUGCUUAUAAAAGGACUAUGCAGUUGUAAUGUGAGCUGAUUUGUUUGCUUUUAGGUGUAGUUCAAACAGGAGUAUUGUAUCCUUUUAGUUCACUAAUCAUUAGUUCAUUAAAUCUGAGAAAAGGAGAAUUGUCUUGGCUUUUGAUUCUUUUGGCAUUUUCCUUUUCUAUUGUACUCUAGGGCCUAAGCUGAUGCUACUCGAAUUCGGGAAUGAUUGUUGAAUAAGAGUAUGUUUAAACUGAUUAAAA